AUGAUAUUUGCAAGCACUUCCGCAAUAAUAUUCUAUAAAUACGCGUUCCAUAGUCAUGCUAAACCGAACUUUACAUCCAGUUUACUUUCAAGAAGCAAAUAUGUCGGUAUAUUCAAUACUAUUGACGUUGAAUGGAACAGGAAUACAAUCAUUCGAAAAUAUGAUUCAGAAAUAAACACUUUUUGUGCAGCUGAUGGUAGUGGCACAGCACACCUUGAUUGGCAACAUUUACGCAUCGAUGCUCAUUCAAAUUAUGCACAAGGUUGUGGCGAACAAUUCACACGAUCAUUAUUGACCUUGAACGAAAUCGACAGUUUACCAUCCAACGCUGUCAUAAAAUCUGCUCAGAUCAAACUAUUUGGCUAUCGUUCUGAAGAAUUCGAAGCAUAUUCUUUUACCGACGGAUCAACUGUUACCAACGAAGUAUUCAUCAAAUGGAUUCUGACUGAAUGGGACGCUAAUACGGUGACAUGGAUGACACAACCAAGUACGACUAAUGUCAAUGCAGCCAUGAUUCCAAGCACACAACCAACUUUCCCGGGCACAUUAGUGAAUACGAAAUCGUACAAUUUUACAAUUGAUAUUACACAACUCGUUCGUGAUAUCCAAUCGAGUGGACCAUGA